ACUGAGCAUGCGUAGUAGCCGCGGCUGCUGAAUGAAAAAGCUAGCAGCUUAGCCGACUGAGGAGCGGAAAAGCCGUGUAGAGUCGUUUUUGUAAGUUACAGUAUUGUUUUUCCACUGGAGAGCAAUGGAAGCUCCACCAGUCACCGUCAUGCCCGUUACGGGGGGCACGAUAAACAUGAUGGAGUAUUUGCUGCAAGGCAGUGUACUGGACCAGUCCUUGGACAGUCUCCUCCAUCGUCUAAGAGGUCUGUGUGACAACAUGGAACCGGAGAGCUUUGCUGACCAUGAACUAGUCUACCUUCUCAAAGGUCAGCAGGGAAACCCGUUCAUCUUCCGAGCCAGGCGUUCUCUUGCUCACCCCACCGCGCCCUGGCACCUGCGUUACCUUGGCCAGCCGGAGGUGGGAGACAAGAGUCGCCAUGCACUGGUACGGAACUGUGUGGAUGUUGCUGCGUCUCACAGCCUGCCAGACUUCCUCAACGAAAUGGGCUUUCGAAUGGACCAUGAGUUUGUGGCCAAAGGGCAUAUUUUCCGCAAAGGUGCGCUCAAAGUGGUUGUGAGUAAACUGUCCCGGGUGCUUGUGCCUGGCAACACAGACAACACUGAACCGCUGUCUCUAUCCUACUUAGUGGAACUUAGUGUGUUAGCGCCAGCAGGACAGGACACAGUGUCUGAGGACAUGCGCAGCUUUGCAGAGCAGCUCAAGCCCCUUGUACACCUGGAGAAGAUUGACCCCAAAAGGCUCAUGUAGGUGCUAUGAGCCAUCCUGACUGAAUCUACCUAAACCAGAUUUAAUCAGUGCUAGACAGUAUACAGACCUGUUGCAGUUUGCAUAUGGAUAAAUCCCAAAUUGCCAAACCUAAUGAUGUCUUCAUAUCUUUGAUAGCGAGUCGUAGUAAUAGAUCCACCUCCUCAACCUGGACGCUCGGAAUCAUUGGGAAUAAAGAAAUGAGAUCACUGGAAAAUGUCAUGCUGUAAUAGUGGAGUGGAUUAUAUUGCACUUAAUAUUUCUUUUGUAAUGUAAUAAUUUACACAUCUUUGCCAAACUGGAACACACGUUUGAUAACAGUUCACUUUCUGUACAUGAACAGUAAACUGGGGCUGAUAUAAUCUUGCCAUUUUGUCUUGGCAGUUGUUACAAGAGGAUGUAAGAGUAUUUGGAAACAUGCUUAUUUUCUAAAUAAAUGGUUCUUACCUCA